AUGGCCAAGGCAUACCAAAAAAUUCAGAAAAGUCAACAACAUCCCGGCUCUCGUGCUCAAAUUAACAUUGCCUUGGACGACUCAUUCCUCUCUCAACAUGAUCACGAUCUAUCAAAUCGUUCCCCAGAGGACGCGAUAUCCCAAUCACUCUUCUCGCAGGCUCCGUAUAACCUCCAUGGUGUGCCAAAGCAUCAAGACCAUCCCAACGUUAAUCGUGUCUCACUCGGGAACUCAAAGGAGCUUUUGGCGCGUCUCGCUGGCCUUGAUUCAAUUCCGAACAACCCCAACCCAAAAAACAUUUCAAAUUUUCCAGGUACAUCUCUUGAUUUGGAUAAUUGUCGGCAGUCCCCAUUGAAGAUAGACAAGACAUCUAUGGUACAAGUGCAUAACUCGAAUUUAUCCAGAGAACUCAGAGGAAAACGACUCUCGGGCCAGGGACUGCUUAAGCGCACCAGUGUACCACAUGCUAGUAGCUCGAUUCUCGAUUCAACUCGCGCCGAUAUCAGCCAAGGAGCUGAUGGCUUGGAGGAGCAACAAGUGAAACGCCCUGGACAUUCAACAACCAAGGCGGCUGAUGAUGACACAAUACGCAAGGUUGCUGGAGGUGAAAGCCCGCAGCCCUCAAAAAAGAGACAUCGCGACAGUACCGACGUACAAUCGCAAACCUCUCGUAACGAUGAUCUACAAUCCGAUGAUGCGCAAACCGCAAAGUCUACAUCGCCAUCCAACAAGCGACAGCGAACUGAUGCUGGAGAAUCGGUACCAGCAGAUUCACCUGAAACCGAGCUGUCGCCAAAUGAACGUAUGUUUACAUUUCCAGGUGUGCAAAUAAUAGGCACCAAAUCCGUUAGAACGCCCAUGAUGAAAUACUGGGAAGGAAUGACAACAAUACCUGCAAGCGAAGUCAAUAUCCCAAAAGAUCAGGUGAAGCUUUUGGGUGAACUCAAAUGGAUUCCGCAGGAUCCCGGCGUAUCUGAACGUCUGUGCCAUGUACCGCCUGAUCUGCUAUCGCGAUGGAACAAAAUCGCGCAAAGAAGACAGCACUGGGCGGAAAAACAAGAGCAAAUUCACGAUCGUCCUCUCACCCCAACUCCCCAGGGUACCAACCCAUCUGUCAAUGGAUCUCAGUCCGUUGGCACGCCAGUGUCCGAGUGGGAACCCAGCGAGCCCAGCUACUCACCUCGGAACAUUCUUCCCCCAGACUCAUCCCCAACUCGUAAAGGGGCUGACCAUGCAACGCCAAUACGGGCGGGCACUCAAGAUAGUGGCGGACAAUUCCAAGCAAGCCGCGAUGUGGACACAGGAAAUGAAAUCCAGAUCGUCUCCCAAACUCAAACUAUACGGCCGAACUUUGUUGAUUCCAGAGACGUUCCUAAUGAAAUAUCAGAACAUAUUUCUCAGCCUCUUAACGAAGAAUCAAUGAAAUCGAGGGGGCAUGAAUUUCCGGUUCCUGUUGCUGGCAGUAAUCUAUUUCAAACCCUUGAUCGUUCAAGGUCAGCAGACGUGAAACAAAAAGAGCAUGAUCCAAGUUCAACCCAAAAAGGACUCCAUGAUCAAUCAGGCCCUGGAAAUAAACUUGAUGUUUCUAAGCCUCACGAUGAACAAAGUGGCGAUGAGAGUGAUGAGAGUAAUUAUGAUGAGAUGGAGACAUCUGUUCCUUACGCGCUAGGGGAAAAUUUUCCAUUGAGCAGCCAGCCAGAGCAGGAAAUGUCUAGCUCAGGACCAUCGCUUCCAAAAUUUAUUGGCGCAAAUAUCCAAGUGGUAGAGACACCUGUCGUCAAAACCACGCGCCGACGCUGUGAGAAGCAAAAUGAAGAACAGGUUAGAUACGAGAUUCCUAGCUCAUCAUCUCAGGGUGACGUGACUUCGUCUUCGUCCCGUGUUCUCAAUACCCACCACUCGCAAGAUAGUCACAGGCAGAGUGGCUUGUCCCAAGAGGCACCGAAUCCAUCUUUGCCCGAACCUGAAAACGACUCGCUGCGAGUAGAUGUACUUGGGACUCAGACUCAAAUAAGCUCCAUGCAAACUAGCAGCAUACACGCGCCAUCGCAAGCGACUCUUCAGUCAUCAUCGGACGUUGUGCUCGAUUCAUCACGACCUGUCCAACGUCAGCGUGGCUCAUCAAUUUUCCGCUUGGAGCCCUCGGACCACCCAUCGUCUUUGCCCUAUGCUAGCCCUCAUCCGCCGGCCUUAUCUCGUCCCAAUGAACCAAGGCAAGAUUUCACACGAGAGCAUUUCACCCCUGAGGGAGCCUGGCAACUUCUAGGGUCGCCGUCUAAAGCCCCUCGUUCACUGUCUGGAAAUGAUCCUGCUGCUCAGAAGCCAUCACAUACUCCAGACGUCGAGUUAGUGGCGCGACGUCAGGGAUUUAUCGGGAAGGACAACAGAUCCGCUGAAGCACAAAGGAUCUACGAAAAGUUUCGCAACGCUUAUUCGCCUUAUUCCGGCGACUUUACCCAUUUCACCAAUAUGUGCUCGAAGCUGCGCACCAUCCGAGAAAAGGGCAUCUUGUGGCGAUCAUUCUUGUGGGAUGAUUUCAUCAUCUUGAGUCUGGAGGAGUAUCCACGUUACCUGGAACAGCACGCGGAUCAAGACCCAGAGACACUAGAUUAUGGAGAGUUCUUCUGCUCAAAGUUUUCGCGCCCUCGAUACAAAAAGCGGAGUUUAACCGCCAAUGAAAUUGAAGUGGCCGCAUCCCAGGUUGUUCCACCUCCUAUGGCCAGCCCAGAAAGUCCGCCAAAUCCAUCCCAAUUGGUCAUCAAAACAGAAGCAAAAGAGGAAAACCAGAAUGAGCUGUUGCAGGGUGAAGGCGCAAAUAUUUCUUUCACAGCGAGUCUUGUAGACAAAUUUUCUGAUCUUCGCGCUCGAUCCUUGGGUUUCACGAGCAACGUUGACCAAAAGCCUACGGUUGCUGAGCUGGAUACAGAAAUGGUCGUUUCAACACAGUCUGACGCAAAUUCGAUUCACUCUACGUCUCAUCAAAGCGAUAUUGAUAUGGCGGAAGAUGAUGUGCCCGAAAUUGAUGAGACACAAGAGGCAGAUUAUUCCCAUCAUGAGACUGCCAGCAUUGAACUCGGCGACGAUGUUGAUGACCGCCAUGUCUCUCACUCUUCCGCUCUAGAUCCGACUGCAAGUUCUGCUGACUAUUGUGAUCCCGAGCCGCCAAGGCAGCGAGAGCGAAGGCCUUGGUUCCGUUCUCUCAAAAACAUCUUCCCGACGGGUCCUGUGUGGUCCGACGACCCCAAUACGCCGUUCAAGCGCUGGGCUCGCCAGGAUCAGAACCUGCUCCAAGAAAUCAAUCGUCGCGGCGGGACUAAAGUUACACUUGAUGAGAAGGGAGUCAUCCGUCGGCCUACCUAUAACCGAGGGGCGAAGAGCACUCAGGGAUUGUGA